AUGGAGGGAACUGGAGCUGAGGGGCCGAGGCAGCCCGGAGUUUCCUUCACCAUUGAUUACCUGCUUUUUGAUAAAGGAAAAGCACCUCAAGAGGACCCGGAGUCUCGGGAUCACCAGGACCCUGGAUUCUCCAGAGGAAAAGAGGUCACAGCAGUGGUGGGACCACAGUCACAGGGGUCUCUAGACCUUCUGGAUAAACCUAACCUGUCCUACAUCGCCCUCAUUUCUACCGCCAUCCUCUCAUCCCCGGAGAAGAAGCUGCUGCUCUGCGACAUCUAUCAGUGGAUCAUGGAUAAGUACCCCUACUUCAAAAACAAGGAAAAAAGCUGGCGCAACAGUGUGCGGCACAACCUCUCCUUGAACGAGUGCUUUGUCAAAGCCGGCCGAAGCGACAACGGGAAGGGCCACUUCUGGGCUAUCCACCCAGCCAACCUGGAGGACUUCUCCAAGGGCGAUUAUCACCGGCGAAGGGCUCGGCGCCGCAUCCGGAGGAUGGCAGUGAACUUUGGCUACCAUCUUCCGUACACCUUUUACGGACUCAGCUGCUGCCUGAGCCGCUGCUGCCUUGGCUGUUCUCCAUAUACCCACCCCAGGCUUCCUGGCCUGCCUCUGCCUUGCCUGCCGAGUUACCCACCUCUCCUGAUCCCCGCAGCUGCCUCCUUAUUCCCUCACCCUUUCUUCCCUGGAGGAGGGACAGAGAAAUCUCCAGCUGAAAAACGUCUUCGCUGGGCCACCGGAAACAGGCCAGCCCUCCCAAUGGCACCCCUGCAAACCCACACCAACCUCUGA